AUGCCCACUUGGCAGCCACUUGGCUGCCAAGUGGGCGAGGCUAUGGAAAGGGACAGUCAGCCCACCCAACAGCCAAUCACAAGGGACCAUGCCCACUUGGCUGCCAAGUGGGCAAGUGAGAUCAACGCCGGGGGGGGACUCACCUCCGUUUUAAAUUGGAUCGGCGGGUUCAAUAACCGUCGGCGAUCGAUUUCUGGGGCUGUGGAAAGGGACAGUCAGCCCAACCAUCAGCCAAGAAAAAGGGAACAUGCCCACUUGGCUGCCAAGUGGGCAAGUGAGAUCAAAGCCGGGGGGGGCUCACCUCUGUUUGAAUUGGAUCGGCGGGGUCAAAACCGGUCGGCGAUCGUUUUUUGGAACUGUGGAAAGGGACAGUCAGCCCACCCAUCAGCCAAGAACAAGGGACCAUGCCCACUUGGCAGCCAGUUGGCUGCCAAGUGGGCGAGUGCGAUCAAAGCCGGAGGGGGCUCACCUCUGUUUAAAUCGGAUCGGCGGGGUCAAAAACGGUCGGCGAUAUUUUUUCGAGGCUGUUGA